GUACAGAUAGAUAACUUGGAUAUAAUAAUGCCAGUGGAACCAAUCACUGAUCCUUCCAUAACAAUUAAGCCGUCAGCCAAACUUAUAGAUUUUGUCUUGAAAAAAGUGACAGAUACAAGUAAUGCUCCAGAAGGUAUCGUUUCUCUACGAACUUCAAAAAAAGAUCAACGUUCGAGUGUACUACUGAAAGUUAAAGAUGUAAAGUGGCUCAAUGCCUAUCUGGAAAAGUAUCGCAAAAAUUCAGAAGAGAACGUCUACAUACAUGAACUUCUAGAAGAUGCUGACGUACUUCUACCCGAACCAACUAUAACACCCAGGAAUCCUGAAUUAGAAGCAAGAAUUCAACGAUUGACAGCCCGACAGAAUGCAAGAGAGUACGAAGCAAUGACUAAAAGCGUUGAUCCCGUUAGGAAAAGACUGCCGGAGGAUACAAUUGCAUACCAGAUGAAGGAGAUUAACAGACAACUCAUCGCCGUGGCACAGUUUGUAUUCUCUGUGAUAGCAGGUUUUACAUUUGGUUUUCUAGGAGUAGAACUCAUAGUUGGUAAUUUGGAUUUUGGGUUCCGAUUAUUACUAGGUAUAAUCUGUGGGCUCGUCGUAGCCUUGGCGGAAAUAUAUUUUCUAGCCAAGAAAUUAAAUGAAAAUAUGUACGAUGACUUUAUCGCAAUGCCUACAUAUAAGAAAAUGCAUCAGGAAUAAUUUACACGAUGGUUAAUGUAAUGAAAACCUACAUGAACCUUUUACCGUUGACAUAUCUAAGUCCAUGAUGUAAUAAAUAAAUCAUUUCAUUCGUUGGUCUUA